AUGAGCACUUUUCCUAUAGACACGACAAAAACUCGUCUUCAAGUUCAAGGUGAAAUAACGGGUAAUGCCGUAGCUAAAUUUAAGGGUGGAACUUAUCGUGGAAUGUUUCAUGCUUUUCACAUGAUAUCAAAAUAUGAAGGAGUCAUGACAUUAUACAAGGGUUUGAGUGCAGCAAUUUUAAGACAGACGGUUUAUGGUACCAUCAAGAUAGGGCUUUACAAUCGAUUUAAGCACGAGGUUCUUGGUAUUAACGUUUUAUGUGCUAUGACGGCGGCCGUCAUAUCAAGCGCAAUUGCAAGCCCUACUGAUUUAUUAAAAGUAGGUUUACAUUUAGUACGCUCGUUUAUUAAUAUUCGCAUGCAGGCUCAUUCUGGUUCAGAAAAUACUACUUUUCUCACUUCUGCCAGGGAAUUAAUUGCAAAGGAAGGUAUUACUGCACUCUAUAAGGGUGUUCUUACUACUGCCACUCGAUCUGCUAUCGUUUGUGGUGUUGAACUACCAAUUUAUGAUUUCAUCAAAAAACACUCUAUUUUAUCAGGACUUCUUGAUGACAACAAAUUAUGCCAUUUCUUCUCUAGCUUUUCAGCUGGGCUAAUGGGUGCCAUUGCUUCAAAUCCAAUAGAUGUUGCAAGA